AUGAUUCAGGUGAGCCGCUUUCUGGUGAUUACGUGGCUGGUCGGGCCACUUGGAUGGCUCGCUGGAGGUCCCUGCGUCCAAGCAUACAAGCUGGCCGAGACGCCCAUCAAUAUCACCAAUUCAAACGACUCGACAGUGGUUCGUGAGGUGGAGCGAUUGUUGGGGAAGAACUUGGUGCAUGAUGCAGGUGAGAUGAACUCAAUGCCCGAGCCGCACGAGGAAAACGCCACUAAUGGCACUGGAAUGCAGAGUCUGGCCAAAAACUUGGAGUUCCUGCUGCUCAAGGUGGGGCAACUGGAGACGGUGGUGCAACUGCAGCAGGCCGAGCUCGACGCUGCGCAUACCGAAAUCGAUGCCUUGAAAGAGCAUGUUGGCUUGGAUGUCCAGCACGUCGCAAUGGCAAAGAAGAGAAGCCGGGAUCCUCAUGCAGCGGGGGACGUCCUGAAGAGCGUCCUUCACAAGCACCACCGCCAGCGCGAGACGAGAAAUCACGAUCCCGAUGCCCACAAGGACCUUGUGACUGACGACCCCGAGGUUGCGCCGGCACAGACUGAAAGCCCUGCAGAGGCUUUGCUGCAACGCGAGGCGCAGAGGAAGAGGUCGGAGAAGGAAGAGGUUUCACACCAUUCCUUAGACGCGAGCCUCUCCUCCAAGAUUCCAUUUGUCGACGACAUCGCAGACGCGGUCGAGACCGUCUCGGGCUCGGGCCUGGUGCCUGCCGACUUGAAAACAGCUUUCGACAGGGUUGCCGAAGUCGACCAAGUACGGUUUGUGCAGAAUACGGUGAUCGACACCGUCGCGAAGGCAACCGUCAUUCUGCAGGGCUUCACCAACGGCUUCGACUUCAGAGAGAAUUGUGACCUGCCCAGACCAAGUUUCAGUUACAGGUCCAGUUCCCCGCCUUCUUUUGUCAUGAACUUCGGUCGCCAACGGUGCACAGUAACGCUUGUGGGCCAAACCAUCGAGCUCUUCGACAACAACAUUGGUGAGCUAAGCGUCCCCUUGCCGAAUCCGCUGGACCAUUUGCCCGAGCAGAUACGGAAGGUUGCUGGGGCCAGUGAGGAGAUGAUCGACAGGCUCAUCAGCAUGUCUUGGAAUUUGUUGAACACCGCCCACUGCAACAGAGGCGACACCUUCCACUGCAUGGCCAAACGUGUUGCAACUUACGUCAUGCAGUUCGAGCCGCCAUUGAACUGGCUUCCAGAACCAAUCAAGCGUGUUGCUGCACAUACCCAGGAGGCGGUCGACAGGUUGUUCCAGAUGAUCCACGUCCUGCUGAACACCGCCCACUGCAACAGAGCCGACAGCUUCCACUGCAUGGCCAAACUCGUGGCGAAUCAUGUCCAGGACUUCGCGCCCCCCAUGAACUGGCUACCAGAGCAGCUGCACACUGUCGUCAAUGCAGGCCAGGAGGGUGUCGCCAGACUCUUCGCGAUGGUCCGUGAUCUUCUGAACACCCCGCACUGCGACAGAGGCAACAUUUUCCAUUGCAUGGCUAAGAAGGUGGCAAACUACGUCCAGGAGUUCGCGCCGCCAUUGAACUGGCUACCCCAGCAGCUGCACACAGUCGUCAAUGCGGGAGAGGAGGGUGUCGCCAGGCUCUUUGCGAUGAUCCGUGACCUUCUGAACACAGCGCAUUGCGACAGAAACAAUGUCUUCCACUGCAUGGCUAAGAAGGUGGCAAACUAUGUCAUGGAGUUCGCGCCCCCCAUGAACUUCUUGCCCCAGCAGCUGCACGCCGUCGUCAACGCGGGCCAGGAGGGGGUCGACAGGGUCUUCGCUAUGAUCCGUGACCUUCUAAACACAGACCAUUGCGACAGAGGCAACAUUUUCCACUGCAUGGCCAAAAGAGUGGCGGGCUAUGUCAUGCAGUUCGAGCCGCCAUUGAACUACAUGCCCAGUCCGGUCGGUCUUCUUGCCGGUUCAGAUGUCAACUCCAUCCAAAGCCUGGUGACCAUGGGGAAUGACCUGCAGAACUGCCAGGAUUUCGAAUCCGGUCAUGAUGUCAUGAAAUGUCUGGGCUUCAAGAUCAUGGAGCGGGUGCCUCCUUUGAACUACCUGAACAAGCUUGGUGACACGAUCGGCGUGUACCUCGAGACCUUUGCAAAGGCGGGCACCUCCUUGGCCAUGAAGGCUUUGCAGGGAGGUACCUCCCUCAUCCAGAAGGCCAGCCUGUCCGAGUUCCCGGCCGUCGGAAAGAUGCCGGUGCGCCAUGAGCAGGGCAACCUGGUCGUGCAGAUGCACUCGCAGAAGAGGACGCCGCAUCCCUCCCUCUUGCAGCUGAUGUCGGAGCAGGGCCGCCAGGCGGGCCGCCAGGGCCGGGAGGAGGACGUGAUUAUGCCAAAGUUUGCACCUGGCGACGACGCCAAAGUCACGAAUCUCAUCACCCAGUUCCACGGCAGGGAGGCGAAUUCGGGCUCCUGCCUGGCCUUCGCUCCCCGGAACAAGAACGGGGCUCAGGUUGGCAACCACCAGGAGGCGACGAAAGAGGACUGGACCUCGGCCAAGAAGGAGGACUUCGUCGCGCUGGAGCCUUGGGCGGUGCCCUGCGACAACACCUGGAUGAAGGAGAACUGGAACAAGUGGCAGGGCUACUCCUUCUACACCGGGGAGGUGGGAAUCGAGAAGUGCCUGCAAGUUGACUUUUCCAUGACGUUGCAGCCGGUGCUGGCCGCCAUCGUGGGCCUAAGUAUCGAGAUUCUGCCGAAAGACUUCCUGUCUGUUGGCACCACCGUGUGUUGGCCGACCCAGAUGCCGGGUGGCCUUGAUUUGUCCGUCCUCCGUUCGACGAUCAAAGCGGGUGGCCACCUCCUCUUCAGCCGGACCUUGCGGCUUGCGAAAAGGUUCGGCGAAAACACGGACUUCGUGAAGAAGAACCUGGGCACCGGCUACCAGACCUGGAGAAGCCCUCUUGGCAUCGCCAAAGGCGAGAGCAAUACUGCCUUUGCGCCCAUGUCGCUCCUGGAGAGCAACAAGGGCAACAAGAGCCAGGGCGAGAGCGAGGGUGAGAGUGAGGAGAAGUUGAAGGCUGGUUCCUGGUACUUCAACGCCGAUCCUGAGGAGGUCUACCUGGCUUCCAUCGACUACGGCGACUCCAUGGGUGAACCCAACAGGACCUGGGAGAUGCGAGGGAGGGAUGCCCUGCUUCGCUUGCAGGCGAUGCAGGAGGCGAAGACGAAGAAGGAGAAGGAGAGCAAGAGCCAGGAGGAAGAGGGCCAGGAGGAGGUCAUCGAGCUCUUCAACUUCAAAAUCCAAACGGGGAUGAACAACUACCACAUCCAAGGCCUCCUCGACGGUAACAUCCUGGAGUUGGGGGUACAGAUGGGCUGGGGACCUUUCCAGAGCCCUGCCAAGAGGAUUCCCGUGGCGGACUUCGGCCUGCAGUUUGCCGCAGUCCUGGCCGCCAUCCCCUGGAUCUCCGUGGAGACCAAGAAGACGGCCAUCAAAGCGAUGACGGACUGGGCAUGGCCAGAGGAGCAGGAGCUUGAGAAGCGGCAGCCAGCGGAUCCGUCUUCCAUGGUGGCCUGGUUCAAGAGCGAGGAUGCGAGCGCGGAGUGGAAAAGUUCGGUGGGUAGCUGGCAGGCUCGCGUGACGAGGGGCAGCCCCACCAGAAAGGUUGAGACAGGCCACGGUGCCGAGUUUCCUGUUGUGCACCUCGCCGGCGACGCCCACACCGGAAUUGACUUCGGCGUGAUCAUGAAGCCGGACUUCACCAUUUGCUCGGUCACCCGCUAUCUCGGAGGAACAAAUAAGCGAAUUCUCCAGCACAAUAACCCCAACUGGCUUCACGGCCACUGGGAGGGAGCGGUGGGGGUUGCUUUCUACAACCACAACUGGGUGUACCAGCACGGUUGGGGCAAGCCACCCACGGACUGGCUGGUGAUGUGUGGCAACAGUGCAGGGGCUAUUUUCCGGGGUCAGGAGAUGAGGAACAUCGGAGAGGGGCACGUGGAGAAGGCAAACGGAGACUCUCACUUGUACAUCAACGACGGCCAUUUUACUGAGUCCUCGGACUUUGGUGUCAUGGAGGUCAUCGUUUGGAAUCGGGCACUUUCGGAUGGCGAGAUGUUGACCAGCAUGGAGUACCUGAACUCGAAGCUCGGCCCCCUUCGACCGCAACCGGCCGGCAUGUCUUCCAUGGUGGCCUGGUUCAAGAGCGAGGACGCCGACUCCACUUGGAAAAGUUCGGUGGGCGGCUGGCAAGGCCGCGUGACGAAGGGAAGUGUCACCAAAAAGGUCGAGGGCGGCCACGGUGCCACAGUUCCUGUUACGUACCUCACGGGUGACUCCACUGCCGGAUACGACUUCGGCCGGAUCAUGAAGAAGGACUACACGAUCUGCUCGGUCACCCGCUAUGUCGGAACAGGGAGAAAGGGGCGAAUUCUCCAAACCAACAGUCCGAACUUCCUUCAUGGCCACUAUGCUGGCUGGGUGGGGGUUGCAUAUUACAACACGUGGGUGACACAGCACGACGGGACCUCCUUCUCCCCCUUGACCGACUGGCUGGUGAUGUGUGGCAACAGUGCGGGGUUGCUCUACCGAAACCGAGAAAGGAAGAAUGUGGGAAUAGCCCCAGCGGCGAAAAUAGAUGGAGACUUCCACGUCUUCAUCAACGAGGGCUUCGUCGAGCAUGACUCAUCGGAGUUUGGUGUCAUGGAGGUCAUCGCAUGGGACCGGGAACUCUCGGAAGAGGAGAUGUGGAGCAACAUGGAGUACCUGAACUCGAAGCUCGGACCUGCUCUCCAGCCGGCUGACAAGGCAUCCAUGGUGGCUUGGUUCCAGAGCGGGGAUGCCUCCUUAUCUUGGAAAAGUUCGGUGGGCGGCUGGCAAGGCCGCGUGACGAAGGGAAGUGUCACAAGACAGGUCGAGGCUGGCUUCGGGGCCACAUUUCCGGUUGCGUACCUCACUGGCGACGCCCUUGCCGGAUACGACUUUGGCCGGAUCAUGAAGAAGGACUACACGAUCUGUUCGGUCACACGCUACGUCGGAGACGGAGCAAAGGGGCGAAUUCUCCAGAAUAAUCAUCCGAACUGGUACCAUGGCCACUAUGCUGGAGGCAAGGGGGUUGCUUAUUAUGGCACCUGGGUAAGUCAUGAUUAUCAGCACACGGGCUUGACCGACUGGCAAGUGAUGUGCGGCAACAGCGCGGGAGUCCUCUUCAGGGGCAAGGACAGGGUGAACAUCGGUCAGAACCCAGCGGCGAAGUUUGAUGGAGACUUCCACCUGUUCAUCAACGAGGGCUUCGUGGAGGAGGCAUCCCGAUUUGGCGUCAUGGAGAUCAUCGUCUGGGGCCGGGAGCUCUCGGAAGAGGAGAUGUGGACCAGCAUGGAGUACCUGAACGCAAAGCUCUCUGGUCCUCAGUGA